AUGUCUGAUCUUAUAAAUAGACCCAAAUCUGAGUUAUCUAGGGAAGAGUUAGAGCAACUGGAAGAAUUUGAAUUCAAACAUGGCCCAAUGUCACUUAUAGAUGAAUCUAUGGUGUUAAGGACUCCAGUAAUAAUAUCAUUGAGGAAUAAUCACAAGAUAAUUGCAAGAGUUAAAGCUUUCGAUAGGCAUUGUAAUAUGGUUUUAGAAAACGUAAAAGAACUUUGGACAGAAAAGAAAGGGAAUAAAACAAUUAAUAAGGAAAGAUUUAUCAGUAAAUUAUUUUUAAGAGGUGAUUCUAUUAUUGUGAUAUUAAAAGCACCAGUUCAAUAA